UGCAGUAGGGCCAGGGCGCCAGGGAGCAGGUUUUGAAGUGGAAGGCAGGCAGGUGUUGGGGAGGCAGUUACCGGGGCAACGGGAACAGGGCGUUUCGGAGGUGGUUGCCAUGGGGACCUGAAUGCUGACGAAGACUCGCGAGGCUGUGAGCAGCCACAGUGCUCUGCUCAGAAGCCCCGGGCUCGUCAGUCAAGCCGGUUCUCAGUUUGCACUUGGCAGCACGGGCAGGCGAGUGGCCCCUAGUUCCGGGAACAGAGCAGCGGCAUCCCAGUCCUGGUCCUCCAGCCCCAAGCCUCGCCUGCCCACCCAGCGCCAGGAUGGCCACCAUCACCUGCACCCGCUUCACGGAAGAGUACCAGCUCUUCGAGGAACUGGGAAAGGGAGCCUUCUCAGUGGUGCGCAGGUGUGUGAAGGUGCUGGCUGGCCAGGAAUAUGCUGCCAAGAUCAUCAACACUAAGAAGCUCUCGGCCAGAGACCACCAGAAGCUGGAGCGUGAAGCCCGCAUCUGCCGCCUGCUGAAGCACCCCAACAUUGUCCGGCUCCACGACAGCAUCUCCGAGGAGGGACACCAUUACCUGAUCUUUGACCUCGUCACCGGCGGGGAGCUGUUUGAAGACAUCGUGGCCCGGGAGUAUUACAGUGAGGCAGAUGCCAGUCACUGUAUCCAGCAGAUCCUGGAGGCCGUGCUGCACUGCCACCAGAUGGGGGUGGUACACCGGGACUUGAAGCCGGAGAAUCUGUUGCUUGCCUCCAAGCUCAAGGGCGCUGCAGUGAAGCUGGCGGACUUUGGCCUGGCCAUAGAGGUGGAGGGGGAACAGCAGGCAUGGUUUGGGUUCGCAGGAACACCCGGAUACCUCUCCCCAGAAGUGCUGCGGAAGGACCCGUACGGGAAGCCUGUGGAUCUGUGGGCCUGUGGGGUCAUCCUGUACAUCCUGCUGGUUGGGUAUCCCCCGUUCUGGGAUGAGGACCAGCACCGCCUGUACCAGCAGAUCAAAGCUGGCGCCUAUGAUUUCCCGUCACCAGAAUGGGACACCGUCACCCCGGAAGCCAAGGAUCUGAUCAACAAGAUGCUGACCAUCAACCCAUCCAAACGCAUCACGGCCGCCGAGGCCCUCAAGCACCCCUGGAUCUCGCACCGGUCCACCGUGGCCUCCUGCAUGCACAGACAGGAGACCGUGGACUGCCUGAAGAAGUUCAACGCCAGGAGAAAACUGAAGGGAGCUAUCCUCACCACUAUGCUGGCCACCAGGAACUUCUCCGGCGGGAAGAGUGGAGGAAACAAGAAGAACGAUGGUGUGAAGAAAAGAAAGUCCAGUUCCAGCGUUCAGUUAAUGGAAUCUUCAGAGAGCACCAACACCACCAUUGAGGAUGAAGACACCAAAGUGCGGAAACAAGAAAUUAUAAAAGUGACAGAACAGCUGAUUGAAGCCAUAAGCAAUGGAGAUUUUGAGUCCUACACGAAGAUGUGUGACCCUGGGAUGACAGCCUUCGAACCCGAGGCCCUAGGGAACCUGGUCGAGGGCCUGGACUUCCAUCGAUUCUAUUUUGAAAACCUGUGGUCCCGGAACAGCAAGCCUGUGCACACCACCAUCCUGAAUCCCCACAUUCACCUGAUGGGUGACGAGGCGGCCUGCAUCGCCUACAUCCGCAUCACGCAGUACCUGGAUGCGGGCGGCAUCCCCCGCACGGCCCAGUCGGAAGAGACCCGCGUCUGGCACCGCCGGGAUGGCAAAUGGCAGAUCAUCCACUUCCACAGAUCUGGGGCGCCCUCCGUCCUGCCCCACUGAAGGACCAGGCUGGGGGCACUGUACAGCAGAGAUCCACCGUUCGUCCGUGGAACGUGGCUGCUGGUUCUCCCACUUGGAUUUAGCUGGAAUUCCCCCAAUCACAUCAUCCCAUCACCACCACCAUCACCGUCACCUUCAUACCUGUGUCAAGAAAACCUGCCUGUUCACAAAAGCCAUCAUGACUUCAGAGCAAAUGGCGACAUCUCCCCGUCACCACCCGUCCCCUGCCAGGGCAGGGCUUCCUCAGGCCCACGUGCCCUGGGUGCUGGACCCGAGGACCCCCCUCCCCCCUCAGCUGUCAUUGGCCUGGUCUUGCCUUGGCCGGAAGCCACAGUGCCCAGCUGUGUAUUCAUCCAGGGGCUGGGGAGGAGGGGCGGAGCUGGGAGGAGUGUGGCAUCCUCCAGAUCCUCUCCCUGAGCUCUCCUCUCCUGGGCUCCUCUAGGGAAGGGCAGAAGAACGCCCAGUCCCCCGAGCCAACCUCCCCCGGGGGAGAGGGGGAGAGAGGAGCAGAUGCCAGGAGCCUCCCGCCUCAAACUGCCUUCCUAACUCUUCUCCCAUCCUGUCCUGCUCUCCUGCUCUCCAGCCGACCCUCCUCCCUCAGUGUGGGGAGCGCAAUCCUCUCAGGGUGCCCCCACUUCUUUCCUUCCUCCUCCUGCUGACAUUUACUUCCAACACUAACGGCGCAUUCCACCCUUCCAUCAGGCCCGGAGAAUUCCAGCUUCAUCACAUCCAAGGGAGAGAAUCUGAUUGCUUUUGGGGGGCGAAAGAAAACAGCGUUUAGGUAUCACUUCUACUUGGACCGCAUGCCUUUUUAUAGCCAAACUUCUGUGUGUUUCGUAAAUGGAUUUUGCGUUAAUGGAUAUUUAUGUAAUAACUAGACCUCUCAAAUUGGUGAGAAGGUCUGGGUUGGGAAGGGAGGUGGGAAGAGGGCUGAGGGGUAUUUUUUUCUGUUCUUGGUCUUUUUUUUUUUUUUUUGGUCAUCGCUGAGAUGGACUUUGUCACUUGUGGUUAUCUGGGGCUGAGAUGGACUCAGCCCCCGGGGGAAGGAUCUCUCUGACAUUUCAGUCCCCAGCUUCCCUUGCGGACUGGAGAAGCAUCAGGUGUUAGAAACAGCAAAUCAGGGCAGAGAGAGUGGGGGAAGCUGUCAGGGUGGCAGUACCUGGACUUUACCUUGCUUGCCUCCCAAACUGGGGUCCUUACUACCGUGCUUCCCAGGAUUUCAUCCCCCACGUCUGCACACCCCCCCUCAGCGCCCCCCACCCAGCUCUGGGGGGUUCACGAGCAUGUGUCUUCAUGCGGGUCCAAAAAGAGCGCUGGGAUUUCUCCUCUUCACACCUCCUCCUGCAGCUGUGGGUUUGCAUCUCUUUCUUCCUUUCUCUUUCCCUCUUCCCUUGGGAUUGACUCUGAUGUGGAAUGCCUUGGUACCUCCACCAGGAUCUACUGUCUGCACUGUUUUUCUUUGCAUGACUUUAUAUGCAGUAAGUAUGUUGAAAAAAAAAAAAGAAAAGAAGAAAAAACACUCAGCAAAAC